AAAAUGUUUUUUAUUAAUUUCAAUUAUUUUUAUUUUUCUGUUAAUAUUUUUAUUGGUUUAUUUGGAUUAGUUGUUAUACAAUUAAUGAAUUCUAAAAUGGCUACAGCUUUAUAUAAGGUUGUUUAUGUGACAGUUCCAUCGACAGAAGUUGGUAAAAAUAUUGCAAAAGAAAUUAUUCAAAAAAGGUUAGCUGCUUGUGUAAAUAUUGUUCCUCAUUUAACAAGCAUUUAUGAAUGGAAAGGAAAAAUUGAGGAAGAAAGUGAAUCUUUAUUAAUAAUUAAAACGGAAGCAGAUCGUUUAGUUCAAUUGGAAGAAAUUGUGAAUAAAAUACAUCCUUAUGAUGUGCCUGAAUUUAUUGUUUUACCUAUUGAAAAAGGAAGUGAGCCAUAUUUAAAAUGGAUAUAUAAACAAACGAGAAAUGAAAUUGAGAAUGUUGAAGACAAAUAA